AUGGAAUAUGAAUAAUCAGAUUACUAUUUACUAUUGGGAUCAUCAAUUUUUAUAAAUAUUACUUUAAUAGCUAUAACAAUCUUCUUAUGGAAAGUUAUAUGGCUAUAAUAUCCAAUAUUUAUAGAAGAAUUUUAAAUAAAAUCAUUAAGUGAUGCUUAUAACAUAAUUCAAACAGCAAAUACAAAUUUAAUAAUAAAUUAAUGUGGAUUUGAUGGAUUGACUUUAUUAUUAUUUGAAUAAAAAUUAUUUGUUGGUUUAAGUUACUAUACAAUAUUUUAUUAUCUUAUUAUGGGGAUAUGUAAAAUAUCAUGGAACUAUUUAAAUGAUUAUUAAAAAUUAUUUGUCUAAUUGAAUAUUUUACCAAACUAAGAUUUCAUUAUAAGUUCGAUGUUACUUUUAGUAAUAUUUGCAAUUUUAAUAUAAAUAAGAAAAGAACUGCAGAUUAUUUAUAUUCAAAUGUUUACAACAGAUUAAUUUACAAAUUAUACAAUAAGGACUCUCCAUAUAAGGGGAAUGGAUUAUGAUGAUUAUGAUGGUGUGAUGAUGAUGUUAGAAAUAUUAAAAUAUUUAAAUGAUGUUGGUGAUCCUGGAACAAUUAUGGGAAUUUCAAUCAUUCCUGAAUACUCUAAAUUAUUAGAAUUGGAGAAAAAUAGAUGUUUAUUUAAAUAUUAAUUGGGAAUUUUAGAAUUGUAGAAACCAUUAUUUUAUCCUUUACCUAAUUUAUCAUUAAUAGAACAAUAGAUUGAUUAAUAAUUAUAAAAGCCAUUUAAAUUAUCAGGACAUUGUUUUAUAUGUGUUGAUAGAUUGUAAACAUAAUUAAAAUUAUGCAAUUAAAAUGCUUUAACUUAAUAUUAGAUAUAAUUAGCCCCUGAUUUAUAUGAUAUAAAUUGGGUUAAUUUUACUAUAGAAAGUAAUUAAAUUAGAAUUUGGAGGACUAUUAUUCUAAAUUUAUUAAUUAUGACUUUGCUUAUAUUUGUGACAUCACCUUAAGCAUUAUAUUAAUAUUUAUCUAAAUUUCCUGGUUUAGAGUUUCUAUCUUUUAAAUGGACUAUUUUAAUUCCUGAACCUUUUGGAAGAAUAAUUAAAAAUAAUAUUCCUCCAAUAAUUUUAAUUUCGAUCAACUAAAUCAUUUUAUAUUUAUUAGAUGUUAUAAGUAAAAAUAUUAUGAUUAUCUUUUUAGCUUAGGCAGAAAAACAUGAAAGAUGGUCAUAAUAUCAUAUUUCCUUUUUCCAUAAAAUGUUUUUUUAUUUGAUUUUAAAUGUUUUAGUAAUUCCAGCAUUUUUAUUACAAUCAUCAGAGACUUUGUUUAAUAUUACAUAUAAUGGAUUUAACAUUUAAUUAUAGAAAGCAUUUGAUAAUUAAACUAAUUAUGGGGUAAUAAUUUAUGUUAGAAUCUACUUUAGUUAUAUUAUAUAACAUUUUUGUUUUAUUCUGGUACUGGUGCAUUUUUAGUAGAAUUGAUUAGACCAUCUGAACUCUACUUCAAUUAUUUAAGUUCAUAUAUGGCAUAUUAUAUGAGAUUAUAUGAAAAUGAUGCAUAACAUUAUUAGAAGUCAAACGAAUUUAGUGUUUAGUAUGGAUAUAUAUCAGCUUAGAUGCUUCUUAAUUUAACAAUCAUAUGUAUAUUCAAUACAACCUCACCUUUCAUUUUAAUUGCUGGUUUAUGGUAUUUUGGAUUCAGAUUUAUUGGAGAUUUUUUCAUGUUGAUGGUCUCAAAAUAGGAAAUGGUUAGUAAUGGAAAAUAUCUUUACAGCCUCUUAUAAUUAAGUUGUUUUACAUUGGGACUCUGGCUUAUUGUCAAAGUUAUUGGUUGCUAUUUUUAAUCUAAUUAUUUGA